AUGAAGCGUGAGGGCAAGAUGAGGGCGAAGUCACAUGGAGUGCAAGACGAGGGUGAAGUCACAUGGAGGGCAAGGGUAGUGGUGCAGAGCUACAUUGUGAUGGAGUUGAAGAGAAACAUGAAGAGGAAGAGUGAGGUGCCAUUAAAGGUGAAGUUGGAGACCAAGGUAGAUGCUCGGAUGGGUGUGUUCCAAACCCUACACGUCAGAGUUACUAUUUUGUGCGAUGGUGUCAUCACAUCUCUCCCCAACUACGAGAAAUCAAUGUCCACAUCGAUUGAGAAUAGAAUGUGCGAAGUGGGUGUGAGGUUCAAGGUCUGCAAAUGA